AUGUCGGUAGAACCCGUAAACGAUGUUGAUCAAUAUGUGACAACAUUGCCAAUAGAAGCCGUAGGUGAAAAUCAUCAUCAUGAUCAUCUUCACCAACAUAAAAAUGUUCAUUAUGGGAAACCAUAUUUUGCUGUGUUCGCAGCAAUGUUUUCUUCAAUAGGUGGGUUUUUUUUUGGCUAUGAUCAAGGUGUUACCGGUGGUAUAGCUGUCAUGGCUUCAUUUAAAAGCGACUUUUGUAUUAAUGUGUCCGGCAGUGAAAGCGAGUGCAAUCUUCCAGUACCUGCUUUGCCGUCUGAUUACAGACGAUUUUUAGUACUCUUCACGUUACUGUACAAUGUCGGAUGUUUUCUUGGUGCUGUGUUCAUAUCUUCAUUGAUAGCUGAAAAAUUUGGACGUCGAGCCAUUCUUUUUACCGCAUCAAUUCUGUUUUUCAUUGGUACAUCAAUAGUUAUUUUUCCACCAGGAGGCUCGAAAAAUAUUAUGAUUUUAAUACUUUUUGGCCGAGUUAUCGAAGGAAUAGGCGUUGGUUGUUCAUCAUUUUCCUGUCCACUGUACGCUUCGGAAAUAGCUCCAACAAAUCUGCGUGGAAUGCUUUCGGGCUUCAUGCAAAUGACUGUAGUUAUUGGUUUGUUUCUUGCCAAUGUAGCUAAUUUUUUCUUACAAAAUGUUAAAUGGGGUUGGCGAUGGUCAAAUGGAAUUAUUUUGAUCGCUCCAAUAUCGAUUAUGAUAGGUAUAUUUUUCCUACCUGAAACUCCUCGAUGGUUGUUCAAAAGAAAAGGUCGAGAUUUGGCUGAAAAAAGUUUAAAACGCAUCCGUAGAUUAGAUGAUGUAACUGCUGAAUUAGACGCUAUUGCUGAUGCUAUACAAGAAGAAGGCAAUCAAGUAUCUAUCAAAGAACUAUUUGCAACAAAAAAAAUGCUUGAAAGACUUGGUGUUGGCGUAGGUAUGCAUAUUUUACAACAAGCAACCGGUAUUAAUCCUAUAUUUAAUUUUGGCGGUAUUAUUUAUGAAAGUGUUCUUGGACAGGGUCUCGUAUCAUUAUUGAUUUUGUCUGGUGCAAAUUUACUGAGUACAAUACCAGCCUUGUUCUUAUUUGACAGAUUAGGCCGUCGAAGUCUUCUCAUAUUUUGUGGCUUAGCUAUGGCGGUUGGUCAUAUUGUUGCAGCAACUGUCUUUGUGACAGGUUGUGAUGUAACUGAAAGUAUUAUAAAUGGCACUACAGCUGUUGAAGAGAGAAUCAACUGUGGCUCAGCUUCCGGAAUAUUAAUGCUUGUCUUUACAGUUAUAUUUGUAGUCUUUUUUGCACUUUCUUGGGGACCAAUCGCCUGGAUUUAUGCAGCUGAGAUUUUUCCUCUUAACGUCCGAGCUCGAGCUGUUUCUAUCACAACAGGAAGCAAUUGGUUAAUGGGUACGGCCAUGUCUUACAUAUUGGAAUUAAUAUCUCCAUUAGGGAUUCAUGGCGUAUUUUAUCUAUUUAGUGGAUUGACUUUGUUGGCUGUUAUAUUCGUAUAUCUCUUCUGUCCCGAAACACGAGGAGUUUUAUUGGAAGAUAUUGAAGAAGAAUUCGAUAAUUUCCAGUUAAAAAACAGAACAGUAGUAAAAAUAUUAUGUAAACCAUGUCAACGGAACAGAAAACGGACUGCUAAAGUAGAUGCAAUUGAAAUGCAAUAA